AAUUACUCCCACAAAAGACUUUACUUUCAAACAUGGAAUACAACUUUCUUACCUACAUAAUUUUCCUUUCUCUUUUUCUCAUCACUACAAAAUUAUUAUUCUCCAAAAGAAAAUUCAAAAAACUUCCACCAUGCCCACCUUCGAUUCCUAUAAUUGGCAACCUCCAUCAAGUUAAACAACCAAUUCACCACACCUUUUACAAUCUCUCUAAAAAAUACGGUCCAAUUUUCACUCUUAAAUUUGGGUCUCAACCCGUAGUAGUUGUUUCUUCAGCAUCUCUUGUAGAAGAAUGUUUCACCAAAAACGACAUCAUUUUUGCAAAUCGUAUUCACUCGGCCAAAACCAAGUAUCUUGGCUACAACAACACAAACAUGGUUUCCACAUCGUACGGAGAUCUUUGGCGCAACUUGCGUCGUAUAAGUUCAAUUGAAAUACUCUCCACUCACCGUCUCAACUCCUUUUCGGAAAUCCGAAAAGACGAGACGAUGAGGUUGAUCGGAAAACUUGCUAAAAAAUCUCACAAAGAUUUCACAAAAGUUGAGCUUAGGUCCCUUUUUGGUGAGCUAACAUUUAACACUAUUAUGAGAAUGGUUUGUGGUAAACGAUUUUAUGGUGAAGAAUCCGAUGGAACAAAUGCUGAGGAGGCAAAGAAGUUUAGAGACAUGAUGAAUGAGAUGCAAGAGUUUGGGUUGGGGUCCAACCUUGGUGAUUUUGUGCCUUUAUUCAAGUUGUUUGAUUUUAGUGGUGGUCAUAAGAAGUUAAAAAAGGUUGGCGAGAAAAUGGAUGCACUUUUUCAAGGACUCGUUGACGAGCAUCGUAAUAACAAAGACAAAAAUUUGAAUACCAUGAUUGAUCAUCUACUUUCAUUGCAAGAAUCACAACCUGAUUAUUAUAGUGACCAAAUUAUCAAAGGGCUUAUUAUGGCAUUGAUAGUGGCUGGAACAGAAACUUCAUCUGUGACAUUAGAGUGGGCCAUGUCUAAUUUAUUAAACCAUCCAGAAAUUUUGGAAAAAGCAAAGAUUGAAUUGGACAAUCACAUUGGACAAGAGCACUUAAUUGAGGAAGCAGAAGCUACCAAAUUACAAUAUCUUCAAAACAUUAUCUCCGAGACUUUGCGGUUGCAUCCACCGGUAACAAUGUUGUUGCCACAUUUAUCAUCACACGAUUGUACUAUAGGAGGCUAUGAUGUGCCACGUAACACCAUGUUGAUGGUGAAUGCAUGGGCUAUUCAUAGGGAUCCAAAUUUGUGGGCUGACCCAAUGAGCUUUAAGCCCGAGAGGUUUGAGAAUGGUCAAGGGGACAUUGGUGGCUUUAUUCCUUUUGGGAUGGGGAGGCGGGCUUGUCCUGGGUCGGGCCUAGCCUUAAGAACAUUGGGCUUAACUUUGGGCUCGUUGAUUCAAUGCUUUGAGUGGAAAAGGAUUGGGAAGGAAGAAGUUGACAUGAGUGAAGGAAGCGGAACUGUGGUGCCCAAGGCCAUUCCAUUAGAGGCCCAAUGCAAAGCCCGACCAAUAAUCAACAAGAUUUUCAAUUAACAACCGUGUAUUAUUAGGCUUUUGAAUAAUGUUGCAGAAGUUGAGAAGUUUACUUUGGUGUCUUGAGGCUAUUCUAUUGAAUGAUACUUAUUAAAUUAAUUUUUGUAAAAGAUGUUAGUUUUUUUUUUUACUGAAAAAUGUUAUGUUGAAAAAA